AUGAAAAAAGAUAAAAAAGAAACUAGUAGUAAUAGUAAGAAAGUUGAUAGAGUUGCAUUUGAUGAAGAAGAGAUUAGACAAGAGAUUGUUAGUAUUUUAGAUUCAACAGCAAUAGAAGUUCACAAAGAUUGGCAAAAGAAAUUGGAUUAUCAAAGAUUUAAAAAAGAAUAUGAAACAGUUGUGGACGAUUUACCAAAUGUUAUAAAUAUAUUUAUUAAACUGGAAGAAAUUUGGAACAUAAAUAAAUUUUUAGAAAAUCCAACUCAUUUCAUUAACCUCUUUCAAAUUAUGUCUUAUAGAAUAGAACAUACAAUUAUAACUUAUGAUGUAGAAGAAUUAAAAACAAUUGUAAUAUUAAAUAUAAAUUUAUAUCAUCAUCAUCAUCAUCAUCAUCAUCAUCAUCAUCAUCAUCAUCAUCAUCAUCAUCAUGUAAAUAUGUUUUUAAUAGGGACUUUAUUGAAAUUAAUUUGUCAAAUUUCGGUACUAGUUGCAUAUUUAGAUAUUACUCAACCAAAAUACGAAGAAAACAGUCAUACAAAACAAUUAAUUAGAGUUUUAGUUGAAGGUUUUAUGAAAUUUGUAAAAAGUUUAACAAUCCAAUAUAGAUCGAUUCAAUUUCAUGAUACACAUAUAAUUGCACCACAAAAAUUAAAAAAGUAUCCAAUGGUAGAAGAUAUUAAAACAUUAUCAGAUUCUUAUAUUCAUUCAAAUGUAUUUGCAUCCCUAUCGGCGAUAAAAGAAAUUAAACAUAUUUUAUAUUGUUUUUAUAAUUUUUUAAGAAUUAAUAAAGAUAACUGGAAAGAAGUCCAUGAUUCUCUAUAA